AUGGUUACAACUGUACAGAAACUGACCGGUUUACGUCAAUAUUUAAAAUUCAUUACUUUUAAAGAUGUUGAUGAAUGCACAGUCGGGGCUCAUAACUGUCACAGUCAGGCAACGUGCAGUAAUACCAUCGGGUUGUUCACUUGUACGUGCAAUGAAGGUUAUACAGGAGAUGGCACCAGGUGUGAAGACAUAAACGAAUGUGUUGGAAAAUCGCGAAAAUGUUCAGGUGCAGGUCAAGAAUGUUUCAACUUUCCUGGAGCAUACCGUUGUAAUUGUAUUAGUCCAAGACAGCAAAUUAUUGAUGGAGAAUGUACUGAUAUUCAAGCCUCUGUCGAAGGUCAAUUUGUGAUUAUAAAUCUCGUCUACAUCCCUGCCUAUAAUGAUCCACAAAGUGUAGAGUACUUUCAAAUUACUCAACUGUUAACCGUUGUGCUUACGAAUCUCUACACGAGAACAGCGAGGCUACGUUUUACCUUUCAGUCAAUCAUCAUUUUACGACUAUUCCAAGGAUCUCUUGGUUUUGAUUACGUUGCAACAUUCAAUGAUUCCGCUGGAAUAACCAAUGAAAAUAUUCAAGAAGAGUUAGUCGAGUCAAUGAAUGUAACGCAAAACGGCACAUUUCUUGGAGCAGAUCUCCAAAUCAGCGAGAGCACAAAUCUCACUGAAGUAAAAAGCCAAUUUAGUGUGAAAGAUUAUGACGAAUGUAAUCCUCAAAAUAGUAUCCAUACUCCUGAUUGUGGUAACAACGCGUUAUGUAGGAACACAAACACAAGUUAUGAAUGUAUUUGUCAUUCUGGAUAUGAAAAAAAUAACACAGGCUGCAUUGAUGUUGACGAAUGCGCACUUGACACUGACAACUGUCACAAUCAAGCAACGUGUAAAAACACCAAUGGGUCGUUCACUUGUACCUGCAAUGAAGGGUAUACAGGAAACGGAACUACCUGCGAAGAUGUUGACGAAUGCACACUUGGGACUCGUAAUUGCGACAGUAAGGCAACGUGCAGUAAUACCAUCGGUUCGUUCAUUUGUACCUGUAACGACGGUUAUACAGGAAAUCGUACUGCAUGCGAAGAUGUUGACGAAUGCACACUUGGGACUCAUAAUUGCGACAGUAAGGCAACGUGCAGUAAUACCACGGGUUCGUUCAUUUGUACCUGUAACGACGGUUAUACAGGAAAUGGUACUACAUGCGAAGACAUAAACGAAUGUGUUGGAGCAUCGCGAAAAUGUUCAGGUGCAGGUCAGGAAUGUGUCAACUACCCUGGAGCAUACCGUUGCCAUUGUACCAGUCCACGACAGCAUAUUAUUGAUGAAGAAUGUACUGAUAUUCAGGCCUCUGUCGAAGGUCAAUUUGUGAUUAUAAAUCGCGUCUACAUCCCUGCCUAUAAUGAUCCACAAAGUUUAGAAUACUUUCAAAUUACUGAACUGGUACUCAUUGAGCUUACGAACCUCUACACGAGAACAGCGAGGCUACGUUUUACCUUUCAGAGAUGCAUCAUUUUACGACUAUUCCCAGGAUCUGUUGGUUUUGAUUACGUUGCAACAUUCAAUGACUCCGCUGGAAUAAACAGUAACAAUAUUAAAGACGAAUUAGUCAAUUCAAUGAAUUUCACACAAAACGGCACAUUUCUUGGAGCAUAUCUCCAAAUCAGCGAGAGCGCAGAUCGCACUGAAGUAAAAGGCCUUUUCAGUGUGAAAGAUGUGAAUGAAUGUUUACAAGCUCCAUGUGGCAUUAAUUCAAUCUGUACAAACACUGAAGGAUCGUACGUUUGUGGAUGUCAUAUUGGAUAUGAAAGAAAUGCGGAAACUACAAAUUGUGCAGAUGUUGAUGAGUGUGCAAUAGGCCUGUGUAGUUUAAAUGCCAACUGCACAAACACGAAUGGUUCAUAUUUUUGUGUAUGCAAAAGUGGCUAUGAGGGAAAUGGGAGAAUCUGUUUAGAUGUAGACGAGUGCGCGGAGGCGGCAUGUGGUUUAAACUCAAAUUGUACAAACACAAUCGGUUCGUAUCUCUGUGAAUGCCAAGUUGGUUUCAACGGAAAUGGUAGAAACUGUGCAGAUAUCAACGAAUGUGAACGGGAUGCUCCGUGUCAUACAAAUGCAACUUGCACAAACGUGGAUGGAUCAUACUACUGCGCUUGCAAAGCAGACUACGGUGGAGAUGGCUUCUUUUGUGAAGCUCUCGUUUGCACAGUGGAUGCCAUAUACUAUGCAACAACCAGUGCUAUUAAAGGCGUAUUCUCCGACGGUAACUCGACUGUGACCAUAUUAUCAGCAACCAACGUGAAACUAAAUUAUGAUUCUGGCACCAAAAGGCUCAUCUACUACGAUGGAAGCAAACUCAUCACAGUUAAACUGGAUGGGAGUGAUCCGAUCACAAUCAGAGGAUCUCUGACGACGCUUGACCGGUUUACUGUGGAUCAUAUAAAAAGAAAGGUUUACUUCAUUACUAAUCUUUUCAGGAAAGUGAGUAUCGUUGACUUGGAUACUGGAAAUUUAACUGAUCUAAAUCCAACCGACAUUGUCAAUGCCGAUGACUUGGACAGUGAUCCAACUAACAGUACUCUUGUAUUCGCUGAUAUCGAAAACGGCGAUAUCGUUCGCUAUUAUCUCGACAAAGAUACCCAGGAGAUUAUUUACCAUAGCAAUACGUCACCAAAAUAUCUUGCCGUCGAUUCUCAAUAUGAAGUGAUAUACUGGAUUGACUAUAUCAGUGCCACCAAUAGUUUUUCUCUCAUGAAAACACAUUUUAAUGGUUCAACUUCGCAAAUCAAGUUAUACUCUGGUGUAACAAGCUCAGUAAACGUUGCAAUAGGAGAGGACUAUUUUUAUACAAUGGAUAGCACAAGGCAAAGUAUAGAUAGAUUUGACCGACCCACUGCUACUUUUCAAGCUUCAUUUGAUCUCAGCGACAAACCACAGGAGAUCACUGUUGUUCAAGGUGGGUAA